CACUGACUGGCUGAGUGUGCUGUGAGGAGGGAGAGAUGGAUGCGACUCCGCUGUCUGCCGGCUGUGUGAAUGAGAUGGAGGCCGGUGGAGAUGAAGAGGGAGAGGCUCGGGAGGAGACCAAGGAGUGCCAGAGACUCACUGCAGAGAGAGAUGAGGCUGAAAGGCAACUCAAACACAUUAAACGGGGCUUGUUUGUCAUUCAAAAAGCUGCAGGGGAACUGCUGUCGAGUAUCUGGGAGGUUCUGGAUCUGCGUCUGGGAAAGCAGCUUCUGGAAAGGAUGCUGCUGCAUUUCUUUAAGCUUUCGCCUCUGUUCGACCGACUCCGCCGAGCCUUAUUUUGCUCAUGCAGCAUUAAGCGUGCUGGACUUGCUGACCUAGAAUCUGCUCACAGAAGAAAGCCCAGCAGCAGUGCUCUCUCGUUGAAUUGUGAGAACAGGAAGCUGAAGUAUUUGAGCCUGUCCUCGCGACCGUGUCUGGACGAGCUGCUGCCUAGUAUUUCAGACUGCAUUUCCCAAGAAGAAGAGACUGACACGCGAGAACCUGGCUCUGAUCCUUUUUCACAUUAUAAGCAGCAGGUCAAAGAUCUCCAAGAAACCGUGAGUUCUUUGCUGGAGGAGAAAAAGCAGUUGACUUGUCAGCUUCAAAAUCAGCAGAGGCAGAUUGAGGAAUUGACAGCACUUACUGAAAAGGAGCAGGCCGAGAUGAAGGAGCUUUAUAAAACCAUUGAGCAGCAAAGCAAGACCAUUAAAAGGUUCAACAGGGUGUCAAUGAUGGCCACUCAUGAGUAUGAAAACAUGAAGGAGCAGCUGGAUUUGGAGCAGAGCCUCAGGCAGAAAGCAGAGACCUAUGCACACGAGAUGAUGGUGAAGCAGAAAGAAGCAAACAGACAGAGCAUGAUUCUGCUGCAGCAGGGAGAUCCCAGCAUUCAGCUGAUCAAAGCUUUAGAAGAUGUGGCCAGUGUGACUAAAACAUUAGAAGAAGAGAGAAUACAGCACCAAGAGAAGGUAGGUGAAACUUCUGGAGUAUAGCUUUUCAGUUUUAUUAGCUAAUUUCAGAAAAAAAUUGUGAAAGUUCAUCCAUAUUUGCAUGAACACAAUAAGCCUACUCAUGGAUUGCAUGAUAGGAUUAGACCAGUGUUUGCCAACCGGGUUAAAGAGCUGCAGGAGGAGAGGAGGAGCUGUGUUUCAGCAUCAAGCCCCUCCCCUGGGACUGCUCCUCCCCCGGCCCCUCCUCCUCAACCUCCUCCCCCUCCCCCACCCCCUCCUCCUCCACCUCCCCCACCUCCUCCCUCCCGCUGUAACCCCCUCAGCUCUCUCAUUGCCAUUAUGAGGAAAUCCUCCAAGGGAGGUAAAGGAACCCCCAAACUAGAGCAAGCCACAGUGAAUGAAGCAGUGGACGAAGUCAAAGUCAAAGCUGUCAAUGAAAUGAUGGAGAGAAUCAAACACGGUGUGGUUCUCAGGCCUGUGAAGAGUCAGGACACUAAGAGAUUUGGCACAAAGCAGCCGAGCCCAGUGGCGGCAGCAGCAGCAGCAGCAGCAGUGGAGGAAAAGCACCAGGAAAGUGCAAUGGAAGAGCUGAAAGGCAUUCUGGAGACGGUGAAGAAGAGUCCCAGUCGUGGUUUCCAGGAAGUAGUUCAUGCUAAAAAGGACAGUGAACUGGAAGUAAUUCUGAGGAGGAGACGCAAACAGGCCUGUGAUCCUGACACAGAAGAAUUUUGA